AUGAUUGGAUUGUUUAAAGUAAAGGAAAAACAAAGAGAACAAGCUCAAAAUGCUACUAGAGGAGGAGCUUCUGUGAAGAAACAAUCUGCUGGUGAACUUCGUCUUCACAAAGAUAUUUCUGAGUUGAAUCUUCCAAGUUCGUGUUCGAUAUCUUUCCCGAAUGGCAAAGACGAUUUGAUGAACUUUGAAGUGUCCAUUAAACCUGAUGAUGGAUACUACCACAAUGGUACAUUUGUAUUCACAUUCCAAGUGUCUCCUGUGUAUCCACAUGAAGCUCCAAAAGUUAAAUGUAAAACCAAGGUUUAUCAUCCCAAUAUCGAUUUGGAGGGAAAUGUUUGCUUGAACAUCUUGCGUGAGGACUGGAAACCAGUUCUUAACAUAAACACAGUUAUCUACGGACUCUUCCAUCUUUUCACGGAACCCAAUUCGGAAGAUCCUUUGAACCACGAAGCAGCAGCAGUGUUAAGGGAUAACCCAAAGCUGUUUGAGACCAAUGUCCGAAGGGCCAUGACCGGUGGAUACGUUGGUCAAACCUUUUUCCCGCGCUGUAUCUAA